GGUUUCCUUUCCCGCGAAUCCUCAUGGAGUCCUCUAGAAAACGAAAACCAGAGCUCGACCUCGAGGAAGAAGAAGAAGAAGAAGAAGAAGAAGGAGCGUCCAUUCCAGUCCUCGCCCCUUAUAGCGACGAUGACGAGAAUGACAAUGGAGUUGCGGAAUCGGAGGAGGAGGAUGUAGGGUUUCAAAAGCCGGCGGCUCCGCGGCGGCGCCAGGUCGAGGUUCGCCGGGACUGCCCUUACUUGGAUACCGUCAACCGGCAGGUCUUGGACUUUGAUUUCGAGAAAUUUUGCUCGAUUUCCUUGUCUAAUUUGAAUGUCUAUGCUUGUUUAGUCUGUGGCAAGUACUACCAAGGUAGAGGUUUGAAUUCUCAUGCGUAUACUCAUAGUCUUGAAGCUGGGCACCAUGUGUAUAUCAAUCUCCAGACUGAAAAGGUUUAUUGCCUUCCUGAUGGAUAUGAGAUCAAUGACCCUUCUUUAGAUGAUAUUCGGCAUGUUUUGAACCCGAGGUUUUCUCGAGAACAAGUUCUGCAUCUUGAUGAAAAUAGGCAAUGGUCAAGGGCACUGGAUGGUUCUAACUAUCUUCCUGGAAUGGUUGGUCUUAACAACAUCAAGGAAACUGAUUUUGUGAAUGUAACAAUUCAAUCUUUAAUGCGGGUUACGCCUUUAAGGAACUUUUUCCUUGUUCCUGAGAAUUAUCAGCAUUGCAAGUCUCCACUUGUUCAUCGUUUUGGAGAGCUUACACGGAAGGUUUGGCAUGCCCGAAACUUCAAGGGGCAGGUGAGCCCCCAUGAGUUUUUGCAAGCAGUCAUGAAAGCUAGUGAUAAAAGGUUCCAAAUCGGGGUGCAAUCUGAUCCGGUUGAAUUCAUGUCUUGGUUAUUGAAUACACUGCAUAUGAACCUUAGACAUUCGAAGAAGAAGAACAAGAGCAUCAUCCAUGACUGCUUUCAGGGUGAGCUGGAGGUUGUGAAAGAAAGCCAUAAGAAACCACUUAUUGAGAAGAAAGAAAGCAAUGAGGAGCAGAACAAAAUGGUCACUGCAGAUGAUGAGGGUACAAAUGGUGUUGUAAAGGAAACAUCUACAGUGCCAUUUUUAAUGCUUGGUCUAGACUUGCCUCCACCCCCUCUUUUUAAAGAUGCCAUGGAGAAAAAUAUCAUCCCACAGGUUCCUCUUUUUAACAUAUUGAAGAAAUUUGAUGGGGAGUCCGUUACUGAAGUUGUACGUCCAUGCAUAGCAAGAAUGAAAUACCGUGUUACCAGACUACCAAAGUAUCUCAUUCUCCACAUGCGUAGAUUCACAAAAAAUAACUUCUUCAUAGAAAAGAAUCCCACUCUUGUCAAUUUUCCUGUGAAGAACCUUGAAUUGAAAGAUUACAUUCCAUUACCACCACCAAAGGAGAACAUGAAGAUGAGGUCAAAGUAUGAUCUUAUUGCAAAUAUUGUUCAUGAUGGGAAGCCUGGGGAAGGGGUUUACAGAGCUUUUGUUCAGUGCAAAUCGGAAGAGCUAUGGUACGAGAUGCAGGAUCUCCAUGUGACCGAAACUCUUCCUCAAAUGGUUGCUCUUUCAGAGGCUUACAUGCAAAUUUAUGAGCAACAUGAGUGAUCAGAAUGAGCAAAAGUUUAAUGUCUGUUUUGGGAUCAAUCAUAAGACAGCAAACUCAAUGCCGGAAGCAAAUGCCCUGACUCUUCUAGAGGCGUUUAACUGGAUAGAACAAGAACAACUUCGUGGUCCAAGGGUCUUCAUCAGUGAUCUUAUGUUCUGGAGAACUCUUCAGGGAUUGCAGACUGAAACCAAUUGGCGAUUGCUUCAGCUUGCUUCGGAGAUUAAUCAGGCUAUCAACAUCAUACCCAAUUUGCUAAUUGAUUAUAUUCCCUGGGAUUGGAACAAAUUUGCUGCUUUUAUAAUAGUUUGGAAAAACCCAUCAACAGGUUCAUCUUUCUUUUUUUCAUCUAGGACUGGAAAAAGCCAAACUGGCUUAUGCCUGAGUUUUGUAUAAAAAUUUCUUUUUUGAGGCUUUAGAUCUUGAUUACUACUGCUAUCUGUGUUUUACAUUGCUUGCCAAACAUUUGUAAAAUCAAAUUCUCAGGGAGUAAGUAUCCUUAACAAGGUAAAAAGAAAGAUGGUUUAUUGUACCAGUGUUAGAUGUACUGUACUGUACUAACUAUUUGAAACUUUUAGUUUAAUCUUAAGUCAUUUAUCAAA